AUGGAGGAAAGAGAAGAGGCUAUGGUUCCAUUUCCGGCAACAGAUGGAGGGGAGCCUACCGUUAGGAUUGCCCAUUUUCUCAAGCCAACCAUGGCUUCAAUAGAGAUCCAUUCUACUGGAUUUUCCAAUUUGGCAAAAAUCGGCAGCAACCCUGAAUAUGUGAAGACGGCAUCACAUGUCAUCUGCCAUGGAUGGAGAGGCCCACAAAAGGGUUGGAAAGACUGGGUUACUAGCUUAAAACCUUUAUAUGGAGAUAUAUGGAGGAAAGUUGGAAUCUUUGAUGCAAUCCUGGCUUCCACUUUUAACGUGAGAUUGAUCUUCUUUCAGAAAGAGUUGCUGGUGAAGCUUGCUGAAAAAUGGGUUCCUGAGACUAACACGUUCAUGUUCUCUUGGGGUGAAGCCACCAUUACGCUGGAAGAUUUAAUGGUUUUGGGUGGUUUCCCUGUUUUAGGUCAACUUGUUAUCGACCCUGUUGAAACUCUAGAAAUGAUUGCCACAGAAGAAAAACUGAAGAAAACCUAUAAAACGGAAAACGGGUCAAACUGCCAGAGAAAGUUGUUGGCUUGA